AGCUAAUCAGUUGGAUUUUGGGGUCCUCAUUUAGAAGUCAAUCUGGAAAAAAUAUGGCUGUAAAACUUAGAGGAACCAGUAUGCUAUUUCUCCUUCCUUGUCUGCCUUUACAGAUGUUUUCUCUUUCUCUCUCUCUUCCCUGACUAUCUCUCUCAAUGAUCAUUGACAGCUCCCCCAUCCCCUCUUUCACUCAGCUUCACUCCACCAUGACCAGAGCAUCUCUCCUGCUACUAUGUGUUGCCCUGGUGCUGCUUUGGCAUGUGAAUGGAGCCACACUAAGAAACAAAGACAAAUGGAAGCCACUCAACAACCCCAGAAACAGAGAUCUGUUUUUCAGAAGACUUCAGGCAUAUUUUAAGGGCAGAGGUCUUGAUCUUGGAACAUUUCCAAAUCCUUUCCCCACGAAUGAGAAUCCUAGACCUCUCUCUUUCCAAUCAGAACUUACUGCUUCUGCAUCUGCGGCUUAUGAAGAGCAGAAAAACUCCUUUCACAAUUAUCUCAAAGGCUGAAAGUUUCUUCUGAGCUCAGGUGUCUGGCUAUUGUAAAACUACUGAUGAAGCCUCUCAUUAGAAAAAUUCAACCACUGUCAUAGCUAAACUUUCAUGGAGUUUCUUUCCCCCUCACUUUUAUUUUUCAGUUUGUAAUGAUUUUAUUCCACGUUUCCAUAUUUACAUAUAAAUCGCUGGAACUAUGAUUUCUAUGCAUAUUUAUGGAGUGUUUUUCCUGUACAACCAUAAAUAUUGAUGUAGAGCAGUGCAUGUAUUUGUAGGAGUUACAAGAACAUCACAAACUGAAAAAAAGAUUAUAAUCUAAAUUAGAUGUUUCUUUAAGCUUGUUUUUAAAACUUGUCUUUUAUUAUCUUUUAUCAACCAAUUUUUUUUUAAAGGGACAUGCUCACUUUUAGUAUAGUAAAAUUUAUUAUAUGUGAUAGGGGGUUGGGUUUAAAAUUUGUCUUCCUUUCCUAAAAAGAAGAUGCAUUCCCAUGUUCAGCAUACACUACUAAAAGACCUCACAGUUUUAGUUUCAUAAGAAAUGAGGGCAAGUGAUAAACAGCCACAAUUAAGUUAAAAUGGAAGCAAACAACCACAACAAACAUGGGAUUCUAGAAGUUGUCAAUACCUCUGAAGAUGCUCUUUGCCAGAAUAUUCAGAGGUGGACAUUGUGCCACAUCAAAUAUUCUAGCAAUGCCCCAGCCCUUGCUCUCAUACACAACCUCCUCAGGAAGGAAAAGUAGAAACAGGUGAUUUCCUCUCUUUCCAACCAGCCCCUGCCCUCCUUACUCUAGCUCAUGCUGAGUUAUUCUGAUUCCCAUAUUCACAUUUGGAAUAGUUGCUUUUCCUGUAUCUUUAUAGAUAGCUGCAUCAUCUUCUCUAUGAUUCCUGCAAAAGGAAUGUUGCACUAAAAUGCAACAUUGUCCUAACAUUAGUCUGUGCAUUUCAAAAUAGUUUACUGUGGCUUUUUUUUUUUUUUUUUUUGGUGGAUUAUUGAUAUUGUAUAUGAAGAAUAAAAUAUUUGUGCAAGAACAGA